AUAUAAACAAAAACAUAUUAGCAAUGCUAACUAAAAAUAAAUUUUUAUUUAUACCAAAUGACGAAAAUAAAAUUGAUACUUAGGGUAAUCCGGAUCCCGGGCGAUUGAGCGUAAAUGAAAAUAAAGUUUCAUAAAAUUAUAUUUUUUCAAAUAUUAUUACAGGUUUCAUAAAAAUAAAUAUAAAAUGUACCUGUGAAUCAGAAUGGAUUAUCAUUUUGUACGCUUGAGCUUGAUUAUUAGCAGAUAAAAGUCCUGAAUAUUAAGAUGCGUUAAAUUUACUUCUGUCAGUAUUGCCAAUAUCUGAUUAAUAUAGUUAAAGAAAUGGACAGUAGAUUUUCAUUAGAAGAUUUGAAUUAUUUUCCACCUUUGGAGAAUGGCCACAUUAAUCUAUUAAAGUUUUUAAAGGCAUCUUCAGACUUAAUAUCUAUUGUUGAUUGCUUAGGAAAAUUACUAAAACCUGUAAAACUAGAUAUGCAAGGAAAUAUUGAGAAAAUAAAAAACAACUUUGUGUUAGAUGAAAGUUCCUGUUUACUUGAUCUAAUGUUGAAGGAGACUGCUGCAGGUGGCAACAUUGGUGCUGAAGCUACAUUAUGGCUUAAUAGAGCACUGCUAUUUUUUGAAUUAACAUUCAAAGAAAUAUUAGAGAAUCUUAAAGAGAAACGGGAGAUAAAUAUGAAAAUUAUUUUCAACACAGCAUAUCAGGGCUCUGUGAAGAAAUAUCACAACUGGGCUGUACAAAAAUUGUUUAUGGUUAUAUGUCAGCUCUCUCCAACUUUUCCUCAAAUUAUAUCAUCUUUGGGAUUAGAGAAUAGUGACUGUUUUGAAGAAAAGAUGACAUUAUUCAAUGAUUCUUUACAUGUAGUAAGAUGUGCAAUUGAUAAUUUUUUUAUUGAUAACUCCUUAUUUUGUGAUGCAUAUUCUUAAUAUAUUUUAUGGGUGAAAAUAAUAGAAUAUUGUGUAGACAAUUAUGCAUUUAUAAUUUGACUUUCUAUUAGCUCCUGUUAUUAUUAUUGGAAAUGUGUGAAGGAUGUU